AUGUUGUUUAAAUGGUUGUUCUUAAGCAUUCUCUUUGCUUUCAAUGAAUCAAAACGUGUUCUAAAACAUGCCGAUGAAUACAGAAAUUUCUAUUGUCGGACUCCAAACAUCAAUUUCCAAGAGAAUAUGAAGAUCUACAUUGCUAAUCAAAUCAAAUAUUUCCCAAACAGCUUACAUUCAAGAACGGAAAUGGUCGCUGAAACGGUUUGCGAUGAAUUCUUCCUGCACUUCAUGUCGGCCGACCCCGUUUCAUUGGUUUCACAGCUUGAGACUGCUCAUGUUUUUCUUCAUCAAUUCAUGGACAGCAUAAGUAAGAAAGUUACAUUCAAGCAGACGGAUAUCAGCUUCCUACAACAAUCACUUCGGCAAAUUCCGCGAACGUUCGAUCAUAAGCAGGCUGGAUCCAUCUUCCGCACUCCUGCAGCAUCAACCAUCAUUGUGCAUGAGAAUGUGGUUAACAAAUGUGUUCCUUACUUCAAAGCAAAGAGCGAAGUAUCAGUCAAUUGGGCAGGAAUUGAUGUGUUAGAGCUUGAUUACAUACGAGAUGACUAUGAUGUCGAUUCAACUUCACCUAUCAGCUAUUACCUCACAAUUCUAAGCAGUUUUCUCUGUUUAAGGAUGUAUUUUUAA